AUGUUUUCCAACGCCCUAAAGUCCUUCACUUCCAACAUCUCGAGCAACUACACCCUCAGCCCCCAGCCCACGUCGUAUUCAGGGCCAUGGAAGAUAUACGACGCGAAGAAGAAGUCGACGGGGAAGGCGGCAUCUGUCUUUGUGUUCGAGAAGAAGUCGUUGGAACCACCAGCUGGCGCAGGCUUCGGUGGACGCUCAGCGGCUUCGGGACUCAAACGCGCGCAUGAGGAGGUCGUGGAGAGGCUCAAGAAAGAGGCCAGUUCUCUAGCUCGGUUACGGCAUCCAAGUGUACUGGAGCUGGCUGAACCAGUCGAGGAGACUCGUGGCGGCGGCCUCAUGUUGGCGACAGAACCCGUCACCGCAUCGCUCGCUGGCUUGUUGCAAGAAAAAGACGAGCAGGAGAAGGCAGGCGGUGUUGGUGGACGCCGCAGCCGAUACGUUAUCGAAGAAGCCGAUGGCCAGAAGCGAAGACGCGAGCUCGAAAUCGACGAACUCGAGAUACAGAAAGGGCUGUUACAAAUCGCAAAGGGCUUAGAGUUUCUGCACGAGAGCGCUGGACUGGUGCAUGCGAAUUUGACCCCAGACGCCAUCUUCAUCAACGCUAAAUCUGAUUGGAAAAUCUCAGGUCUUGGUUUCUCAACACCUCCAGAGAACUCGACGAAGCCCACCUCCGUUACGCCCAUCUCGCUCUCAGAAGUCCUCAACUACGACGCUCGCCUGCCACGACACGUUCAGCUGAACAUAGACUACUCUUCGCCCGACUUCGUCAUGGACAACAACAUAACUCCUGCGGCAGACAUGUUCAGUCUGGGUAUGCUCAUCAUUGCACUGUACAACUCGCCGCACAAGAGUCCGUUGGACUUCAAUGGUAGUUCCUCUUCCUACAAGCGGGCGUUUUCUUCGUCUUCCUCGGUUCCAAGUAAGACGAACAACUUCAUGUCUUCACAGCCGUUACCGCGAGACGUCGUCAACGGCGUUCUAGAUCGCUUGAUAACCCGGCGGCCGGCGUCGCGCAUGGAUGCACGAGAGUUUCAACAAGCACAGUACUUCGACAACAUCUUAGUAUCCACGAUCCGCUUCCUUGACGGACUCCCUGGGAAGACACCCAAUGAGAAAUCACAAUUCAUGCGUGGUCUGCCGCGUAUCUUGAACCAGUUUCCCAAGUCGGUACUUGACAAAAAGAUACUACCUGCCCUACUCGAGGAGAUGAAGGAUCGGGAGCUUCUCACUCUGAUACUUCAAAACGUCUUCAAGAUCAUCACUAUGCUUCCAUCUGGCAAGCGAGCAUUUACCGAGAAGGUGAUACCUAAGCUGCGAGAGACAUUCUUGAGUGCCCCGGCUGCGAACCCGAAAGCCCCAGCUCAGGAGAGGGACAGCCUGAAAGAAGCUGGCCUUAUGGUGCUUCUUGAGAACAUGCAGAUCGCUGCUGACAACUCGAGCGGUAAAGAGUUCAAAGAUGAUAUCCUUCCAAUCAUUAACCAUGCGCUCGAAUCGCCUACUCAUUCGCUAGUCGAUGCAGCUCUGCGCACGCUGCCUAUUGUUUUGCCGAUACUAGACUUUUCAACUGUCAAGAACGAGCUGUUCCCUGUGAUUGCCAGCAUCUUUGCAAAGACCAGCAGUAUGGGUAUCAAGAUUCGCGGUCUAGAGGCUUUCAAGACACUUUGUGGUGGAGGAAACGAUCAGCAGGAUGACUUUCAAAGUGAUGGCCUUACUGGAGUGGUAGCAGCACCCAAGGCGAAGAGCUCGAAUGUCUCAAUUCUCGACAAGUACACUAUUCAAGAGAAGAUUGUACCGCUACUGCGUGCCAUCAAGACGAAGGAGCCUGCCGUUAUGAUGGCAGCACUCGACGUCUUCAAGGCUAUCAGCCACCAAGUUGACAGUGACUUCCUCGCUAUGGAUGUACUCCCCAUCUUGUGGUCGUUCAGUUUAGGACCGCUGCUCAAUCUGCAGCAGUUCCAAGCGUAUAUGAACCUCAUCAAGACGACGUCUGCUCGUGUCGAAAACGAACAGACGCGCAAACUCCAAGAGCUCGGCGCGAACGGGUCCACAGCAACUACACGUAACGAGUUCAUGUCCUUUGGCGGUCCAUCGGCGACCAACGGCUUCGAUACUAGCAACGGGAACGGAGACACGGAUUUCGAAGCGCUUGUACGAGGAGGACAGCAAGGGUCAUCGGGAGGCACAGACAUGCUAGGUGGAGACCCAUGGGCGAACGCAUCCGCAUCAGCUACAUCCUCCACCAUCCUCCCCUCGCGCCCAUCCACCAACCGAACAAGAUCCAACAACGCAUCUCCCGCUCCAACCUUCUCGUGGUCCACGCCGCCCGUCUCCCCACCACCAAACACCAAUCUCGGCGCCCCGAAACCACAGGGCAGGGCCAUCACCCCAGACAACACACUAAACACGCUCAACUCCUCGUUUCCCGCUCUUAGCGCUGCAAACCCAGGCAUCGGUAGCUCAUCAUUCACACAACAACAGGCAAUCCGACCAGCCAUGAGCAUGAACAACAUGGUAUCGCCCACAACCACAACACCCUCCUACACAAACCCCACACAGAGCGGAGGCAUCGACUGGAGCAAAGCAAGUGGUGGCACCUCCAUGUCAUCCUCAAACACUUGGGGCAACAACACAAACACAGCGAAUUCGCUAUCGAGUUUCCCUUCUAUAGCUCCACCGCCCUCACAGUCACGCACGCAAUCUCCUUAUUCUUCGUUUAGCAUUGCGCCUCCGCCGGCUAAGCCAGCGGGUACGGGGUCUUUUGGUAUUGCGCCGCCGCCGAUGGGGGGUCGGACGGCGAGUGCAGGGGGUGGGAUGGGGAUGGGGAUGAAUAGUAUGGCGAGUUUGAGGGCGCAGACGCAGAGUCAGCAGCAGCAGCAGAACCAGCAACAGAUGAAUUGGGGUAGUGGAGGGGAUAGUUUGAUCUGA